AUGCUGAUUUCCUCCUAUCAGCGACUUCGGAAGGCCUGGAUCCAACAGACUCGCACUGCUGCAGGUCUCUUUGAUGUUCCGAUUUCACCCGACACACGCCUCGUCCAAGAGGUGGACCUGAAAUCGGCGGCUUGCCCUAGUCUCUUCGGUUGCGGCAUUGGCAAAUUAACUUCCUCCAACAGUCACCAGCUUCUUCCUCGCCUCUUUAUCCCACAGCCCGUACGCGCCCUGCCCAACCACCGAGACUCCGGUCAUCCUCUUGGCGGGACAGAGUCUGUCGAUUUUGAGCUCUCCUCAGAGUUGUCGGUGCUCACCUCAGGGGUCAGGCCUUCUUGCGAGUCCAUCGAUGCCCUUGAGACGGGCCCUUCAAAGAACAAGCGGCUUCAGCCCGCGAUGAAGCCUCAGAAAAGGGAGGCGAUGUCGUUUUACCUUUUGGAUACCAGCACUUGCGACCCCCCUGAGCCCGCAUCUACUGAUGGCGUCAACGAUUCAAGUAUUUCUACCUCCAUUGGCUUCCGUCCGACCUGUCUCCGUAUUGCCUCAACACCAGGCCGGAGAGCCUCAGCUCUCAAGGCUCGCCACCCGAAUGAGCUUGGUACCAGUCCAGGAUCGAGCCUCGGUGUUGGCCCGGCAACCACCAGCUCAGCUGCAAGCUGUUGCUCUAGUCUGGGUCAGGAUAGUAGUAUGGCCUGUCUAGGUGACCAAGGGGCCAGCGGCCCACUACAAUUGGUCCGCGGCGGCGAAACUACUGAAAGACCCAGCACGGCCCCGCAGCCCGACUGUGCAGCUGGCAUGUUGCAGCUGAGGGCUAGCUGCUUUCGGUUUGUAUUAAUACCCGAUUUACCAGAAUUCUUUGCUCUUCUCUCAUCCCUCUUUUCUCAUCUCGCCUCUCAUAGAGGUAGAGAACCUUUCAAUUUACCGUGUAUACCAGAUUGGCUUCUUUAG